UUCUUGGGCACCGCGGACCGUCACACGGAGGUUAUAAACAUCUGGUCGCUGGUAUCCAAACGCUAUGAAGAAUCUCUUCGACAGGGCGAGGAUCGUUAUCCGGAGUCGGGAAACAUAUGGAGGUUUCAACGGUUGUGCGUGCACAGCCAAGUGCAACGACAUGAGUAAACGCACCCACCGCGUGGCGUUAAGCGUGUCUACUCCUGGCUGGACCAGCCUCUGACUCGGCCUUCCAAGCGGGAAGGCUCUAUUCAGCUCCUGGAGAGCGGGACGUUAUAUAUAUGUGGAUUUAACUUUCUUUAAGUAUCGCCAAACAGGGUACAGAAUUUCGAGACUAGCCGUAGUCGUAGAGAAUUGAGGAUUAGCGCAAUCAACUGGAAGAGAUUUAUGCAUUUAUAGAGUUGAUGCAUAUAUAGUAUACAAAUAUAUAUGUAUAGUGCUCGUAUUCAGAAUCUUCAUGCGAUCUAUUGUAACAUGACAUAAUUGUUAGUCAAGUGCCAGUGCAAGUGUCAAUGCAGUUAAAGAUAAUCAUGUUGUAUAACGAUGAAUGACACACGUAAUAAUAUAUGAGACAAGUGACUAGAUUAGCGGGAUAAGUAGAAAAUAGAACAAUGUCAGUUCCUUCCUGCUCAACAAGUAAAGGACUGGAUAAUGAGGUUAUCGAGGAGGAGGUAGCUUAUCAAAAAUGGGAACGUUUUAGUAACUGGGUGCAUUGUAUGUGCAUCGUCACCUUCGAUCUUGAGUUGGGUCAAGCUAUAGAGGCAAUUUAUCCGAAUCAUGUUGAACUGUCGGAGCAAGAGAGAUCCAAUGUCUGUUACUUAGCCUUUCCCGACUCCAAUUCUGGAUGUAUGGGAGAUACUCAAUAUCACGUAAGAAUAAGACAAAGUGGCAAAAUGAUGCAAGAAACUAACGCCAUCAAAGAAUACGACAGGAAAUCACCUUCUUUUCUACAAACCGAUAGAGAUUAUUACUGGGGAUACGUAUAUUUCCGGCAAGUGAAGGAUAAGUCGUUGCCAAGAGGAUAUUUUCAAAAGAGCGUUGUCAUAAUUACAAAACUGCCGUUUGUCAAUUUGUUCGGUGAAUUAUGCGCUCUGAUCGCGCCGGAAUUUUUCGAGGCUGGAACAGCGCUUAUGGAGGCUGUGGUGCGCGAGAUUGAUCACUGGCCUCCUCCAGUUCCGGGCCAGAUAGUUCACUUACCUCUCAUUGGAGUGUUAUUCCAGACAUAUAUUCCAAACUCAAAUUACAAAGCCGCUGUUCCAUCGAUUGCCGCCAUGGAGCACGCACCGAACGUGCACGCAACGCGAAGACUGAUGCUGACAUCGGCAUACGAGGGCGACAUGUUCCGGAGCUUAGCCAGUGUUGUUAGUUACGUGCACUUACUGUGGGAACUAGUGCUUCUUAGCGAGCCAAUCGUUGUAAUGGCAGGCUCACCGACCACGUGUUCCGAGAUGGUUCAAGCGCUUAUAGCUAUGAUCGCGCCGUUGAAGUACUGUGCCGAUCAUCGCCCGUAUUUCACUAUUCACGACUCGGAAUUCAAAGAGUAUACCACAGAUUCUCCGUCACCGCCUGCUGUGAUCCUGGGCGUGACGAAUCCAUUCUUUGCAAAGACUCUGCAACACUGGCCGCACAUCAUCCGGAUAAGUAACGGCAAUAACAGCGAAGAUCAGAAAUAUAAAAUCAAGAGAUCUGAAAAUCUGAAGGUGCUGGACUCGAAGCCUGGCGUUUACACACAGUACAAGCCCUUCCUGCAAAAAGACAAGACUAUAUUGAAGAAACUGUUCAGGGGCAUUCAAACGAAACGGCCGGGCGAAGUGCAGACCGCGCUUUUGAAACGUCACUUGAUAGAGCUAACGGAAAGCUUCAUGAUUCCGCUCGAGAGAUACAUCGCGACCCUUAUGCCACUGCAAAAAAACAUAUCACCCUUUAAGGCAACUCCUACACCACAAAUGUUCAAUCCAGAUGACUUCCUAGCUAGCUUAAGUAGCUCCGGCCCCCAAUUAACUACAGGCAUAAAAGGAGAUUGGGUAGGACUGUACAAACGAUUCUUUCGAUCGCCGAACUUCUCCGGAUGGUUCCACACAAGAUAUACGGAGCUGAGUCAGCAGUUGCAAGUUAAACAAUUGGAGAAAUUGUCGCAGGCGGAUUUGAAAACGUGGGUGCAAGGGAAACAAGAGGUGGAAAUAGUCGAUAUGAUUCUCAGAAUUCGCCAGAAGUUGGAGAGAAGUUGCAUCGAUGACGUACCAAUCGAUAAUUCGGUAAGAAAGAGACUGCGAGAGAGAAUAAAUGACAUUACGCAUGUAUUGCCGGAUGAUUUAAAGGUAAUUUUAAGACACGAAUCUUGACAGUACGAGUAUGUUAUUAAUUACAAAACUCGCUAGCGUUGUAUUUGUAUAUUUUUAAGAGCCGGGGGUCGUAAUUUAAGUCAACUCAAAAAGACGUAAUAUGUUAAGAGAAUUUUAAUGCUCUGUCUCCUUCCUAUUUAUAACGUAAACGAAUGAGCGAGAAAGCAUGUUACACAGUUAUAGUUUGAAUAUACGAUGAAUUAUAUUGUGUUACAAGAGGAUUAUACGUACUUUAAUCUGCAAUUCGAAAUACUCGCCACAGAACGGGUUAAUGAAGUAAAUCUACUGUAUAUAUAACAGAAAUUAAUCGUGAAAACAUUUUCUUACGUGUUUAAUCAUAUCACUUAACCCUUUGAGUACGUAACAAUACUGAAUGUUCUGCGAAUGGUCGGAACUCAGCUGGCGAUAAAAAACAAUGUUCUUUUUCACAUCGAGCUUGAAUAUCGAGAGAUUGCGUGACAUAUAACUGAAUUUACUAAAAAUACUUGCCUUUUCUGCAAUUAUACUUCUGAUAUUAUUUAUUUAUACAUAUUUUUAUAUACAUGAGUUUAUUUGUACAUAAAUUAUCUCGUAGAUAAAUUAAAAAGGAAAUGCGUUGAACGCAUCCACGGUAUUCAAAGGGCUACGUAUUUAACGCUUUUAUACUCAGAAACAUAAUAUUUCGUAAAUUUAUGUGAUCUUACUUUGCUAUGUUAAGCUUGACUGAUUAAUAGACUUUCUUGAUUUUUUUUCAUGUCAAUUCAAUAGCUUCCAUCCUCUACUCGACCAAGUCAUUCCGAUUAAUGAUUUUUUAUAUAUGCAGCAAUCUUUUUUGUUAUCAAGUACCGAUAAAUACUCUAUUUGGGGAUAGUGAGCGUUAACAAUAAUUAAUUGUAAUCUCAUGAAAAUAAGCAUGAAUUUCAAAUGGGAUAUGUGGAGAUUGAGAUGUUAAGCGAUGUAUAUACAUUUUUUAGAUCUGUAAAUAUUGGUACAAACGAUGCGUAUAUAUAAUAAAAAUUUAUUUUAAUACAUAUAUAUAAGAUAUUAUUAUAUUUAUAUCUACAAUUUUUACAUGUAAAACACUUGGUAUAAGCGUUAUAAAAUGAAACCGUUAAAGCCUUUUUCCGAUAAAGCUUUUAUUUACUAUAUUUUACUAGAACAGUAUUUCGUAAUUAGGUAUCGCAGCUGCGAACGACGUGCGUAGGGUAGAAGAAACAUUAGCUUAUAAGAGGUAAUAUUAUAUUUUAUUUUAUUUCUUA